AUGUGGUGUCCAAAGAAUUUUAACGUUUCUUUAUCUGGAAAUAUUGCUAGCUCCGUUAGAAAAUUCAUAUCGAUAGAUAUAAAGUAUUGUGAACAAGAGAUUCUAGAUAAGAUUAGACCAGGCAAGAAAUGUAAAUCAAAAGCAGAAUCUGAACUUCAUAUGAAGAAUGUCUAUGCAGUUGUUGCCUAAAAGUAAUAAUACUUUGAUAUUGAUGAGUUUCAAGUAUCCCCUAUCAAGAACACUCUUUAGGUAUUUCCAUUAGAAUUAGUUCCUAAUAUGUCCUAGACUUAAUACUUUAAACUAAGUAAAAAUACUGCUACUCUUAGAGAUUCUUGGAUGAGUUCAUUUUACAAGGAAGAGGAAUUAAUAUUUUACAAAAGCAGGUUGUAGCUUGGAUCAAUAUCAUCUUCUGAUAAAACUUUUAACAAUGUAGCAUCUCUGCAAUAUUUCAUUGAUGAAAAUGUGGAGACUUUUGAAAGAUAUUCAGAUACUUUUAUGGAUGCAAUGUCUUAAGUAGGAGGCUUUAUGGGCAUUUUACUUGGACUAGUUUGCUUUAUUACCAAUUAUUUCCAAGACUUUCUCUAUAAUUCCCAUUUUAUUCAGAUAUUAUACACUUACAAUGAGAGACUAUUUUGUUAGGAAUAUCAAAGAUAAGCUAUAAAUUAAAACUAAAUAGCUGGGGAACAUAUUAGAACUGAUAAUACAUUUGAAAAUAGUCAUCAUAAGCUCAAAAUGAAUGAAUAUUAAAACAUUAACUCAAAAAAUGACGAUUUAAAUUAAGCAAAUCUCAUUUAAAAGCUAAUUUUGGUGGGCAUACUAGGACUAAGAGAAUUUAAGUAUCGCUUCAAAGAUAGGUGCCUCUAUAUUCUAAAGAUUUCUAAUGGUAAUUAAGAAAGUAAAAUGCCUCGAGAAUUUAUUGCUAAGUAACUAUUAACGUCAAAUACUUAGUAACAUAAGGCAGGCAUUGAAGAUAGAUGGUAUAUAGCCUCAUCCAGUAGCAAUAAAAACCUAAAAAUAUAAAAGAAAAUCAGCAACUUUUGA